GUCUAGUCUGCCGGAAAUUAACGAAGAAGAAGAAGCAGCAGCAAUCAUGUUACUUUGACUGGCACAGGCUGUCGGGAGUUUGGGAGCUACACGCAGAUCGACUCCAGGGAGAACCAGGCGGCAUCUCCUCGUCUUGUGGCCUGUUCCUCCAGAGAGAUGUGGUGGGUGCUGUGGGCGCUCGCUGCCUUGCUGGCUCUCUUCUGCACUCUGGAUGUGUGGUACUUCCUGCGGGCGGCGGCGGUGGUCCUCCGGGCCUGGUUCCAGCCUCCGGUCUGGGAUGUUACCGCCGAGCAGAUCAUCUUAGGACGGGUCCUCCCUCACGACAUAGACAUGUGUCACAUGAACAACGCUCGCUACCUCCGGGAGUGCGACUUCGCCCGCUUCUCCCUCUACGUACGCAACGGUGUAUUCAAGGCCCUCCGAGCCCUGGGAGCCAGCAUGGUAGUGGGGGCCACCACCAUCCGGUACCGCAGGGCUCUGUGCAUAGGGGAGGGGUUUGAGCUGCGGAGUCGCAUCGUCACGUGGGACGACAAGUCCUUUUUCCUGGAGCAGAGAUUUGUGUCUGCCAAAGAUGGGUUGGUGUGUGCUGUGAUGUACUGCAAGCAGAACGUCAUCCGCGGCAGCCCGGACAAGAUCAUGCAGCACCUGUGUAAGAGGAAGGUGGAGUGUCCUGAGUUUCCAGAGGACCUUCAGCACUGGGUGAGCUUCAUCUCGGCCAGCAGCCAGACCCUGAGGGCAGAGAGCGGCCUGGACGAGAAGAACAAGUGAGGCUGGACACUGCAGCGGCGGUGAAGAUCGCCUUUUUGGAAGCAAAUUAAUAUAACAGCUAUAAUUUAAAACUGUUGUGAGAGUUUCAGUUCAAUACUGAUAUUUAUUUGACUAACACAGAUGUGCCUUCUCCUCUGAAAUGAACUUGUGCAGCACUUUGCACUAUCUGGAGAGGUGAAACAAGGGUUGGGAUGAAUAAUGCUAAAGAUAUAUUUUUGUGUGCUAUGAAAUCAAUAAAAACACUUUUGAUGCACUC